UCGAGAGUCGAGAGUCGAGAAAUAAACUUGCGACUUUUGUCACGGGUUUUUGACCCCCGGAGUGAGUUCACCCAAUUAGACAAUUUCACACACACACAGAACAACAGUGGAGAAAUAGAGAGAGAUGGGAAGUGUUGUAUUGGGAGGAAGAAGACCAUUAGCGAUUGGAUUAGUUAUAGUUAUGAUUUUAGGAAGUGCUGUUUACUUCAAGCUUUGGUCUAUUGAUUAUGAUUUUUCUUCCGAAGAUAGAGAAUACUUACGAAGACAAUUUGAUCUAGCUAAUAGAGAAGCAAUGGAUGAAUCAGCUGAAUGGAGACUUAAAUAUGAUCAAGAGCUUCAGAAAUCUAAUGUUUGUGCCAAGGAACUCGCAGAGGCUAACGAGAAUCUUAGGAGGAAGCUGAAAGAAGCUGCUCGUAUCAACAAGAAACUGUCCACUCUAGAACAGGAAAAUGUUGGCUUACUCGACCGGGUUGAAUCUUUAACGCAAGAGAUCCAAACUGAGAAGUUGAAGUGCAGCUUGUGACAAGAGAAACAAAGUACAGGACCAAUGUUUAAACAAACAAAAUCCAAACAGAAUCACGGAGGUGAUUCUAGCCAGAUUUUUCCAGCAGAGCAAAAUCUCAUUUCAGUUUUAUCGUAGAAAUGUAACUUUUGAGUGAGAUGUACAAAUUACUUACUCAUAUAGCUGCUUUUAGUAUUGUAUAAUUGUAGAACUACUUCAAGAGUUCUUAAUCUGAAUCAAAACAAGUCAAGUGCAUGAUCACGAUCCAUGGAAGUCGUUUCAGUUCCA